AUGAAGCCUGGAGAUGUACUUUUGUCUGCAGAAGUGAGCGGGCUGCCUGGAGGGGACCGCCUCGACUGCGUGAAAGCCAGCGAUCAGUGUCUCAAGGAGCAGAGCUGUAGUACUAAAUACAGGACACUGAGGCAGUGUGUAGCCGGCAAAGAGAGCAACUUCAGCCGGGCGACAGGCCUGGAGGCAAAGGACGAAUGCAAAAGCGCCAUGGAAGCUCUCAAGCAGAAAUCUCUGUACAACUGCCGCUGUAAGAGGGGCAUGAAGAAGGAGAAAAACUGCCUGCGCAUUUACUGGAGCAUGUACCAGAGCUUACAGGGAAAUGACUUGCUUGAAGAUUCCCCUUAUGAGCCAGUUAACAGCAGACUAUCAGACAUAUUCAGGCUAGCACCAAUUGUAUCAGUGGAGCCAGUACUUUCAAAGGGGAACAAUUGCUUGGAUGCAGCAAAAGCUUGUAACCUAAAUGAUACCUGCAAGAGGUUCAGAUCUGCUUACAUAACCCCCUGCACCAGCAGCACGUCUAAUGAAAUCUGUAACAAGCGGAAGUGUCAUAAGGCCCUCCGGCUAUUUUUUGACAAAGUUCCCCCAAAGCACAGCUAUGGGAUGCUCUUCUGCUCCUGUCGAGACGUAGCCUGUACAGAAAGGAGACGGCAGACUAUUGUUCCUGUGUGUUCAUAUGAGGACAGGGAGAAACCAAACUGCCUGAAUUUACAAGAAUCCUGCAAGAAGAAUUACAUCUGCAGAUCUCGCCUUGCAGAUUUCUUCACAAACUGCCAGCCUGAGUCACGGUCUGUUAGUAGCUGUCUGAAGGAGAACUAUGCUGACUGCCUCCUUGCUUACUCGGGGCUUAUUGGCACAGUGAUGACACCAAACUACAUAGACUCAAAUAGUCUCAGCGUUGCCCCGUGGUGUGACUGCAACAACAGCGGUAAUGACAGAGAUGAAUGCAUGAAAUUCCUGAAUUUCUUCCAGGACAAUACAUGCCUUAAAAAUGCAAUUCAGGCCUUCGGCAAUGGUACUGAUGUGAAUGUGUGGCAGCCCAUCUUACCAGUACAGACCACUACAGCCACAACUACAACAGCUUCCAGAUUUAAAAACACAGGUUCAGAGACCACCAACAAUGAAAUACCCACCCACAAUGAUUCACCAGCAUGUGCAAACCUGCAGGCACAGAAGAAGCGGAAAUCCAAUGAAUCUGUAGAUACAGAGCUCUGUCUUAAUGAGGGACAUCGACAGCCUGUGCUGGCUCAUGAUGAUUUUCUGCGGUAUCUAGAAGGAAUUCUUUAA